UAAAAAUUUGUUUUUAUUAAUAAUGAUUUGUUAAAUAUUAGCAAGUUUAAGUUUGUUUCUAAUCUUUUUUACUUUAGCAGAAUCUAAAACAAUAAGUUAGUCUAUCAGGUUAUCUUAGCUUAGAAGGAAUGAUAACUUGAUGUAUGUUACCAAAUUUGCUGCUGAUGAAGGCAGAAGCGUAUUUAAAGCAAGGGCGAUUUUUGAAUCUCCAGUAUCUGGUCACAAUGAAACUAGAAGUGUCAUUGAAGUAGGUUUUGCUGCUAUCGUAGAUGACUAAUGGAAAGAAGAUAGAAAUGAAGUUAGCUGCUCAAACAUAAGAAGCAAAUCAAGUAUAAACAACAAAUUCUAUAUGUCUCCAAAAGCAAGUGAACAUUACUCUUUUGAAGGUGCUUUAACAUCAAGGAGAAGAAGACAUGUAUGGUUCUUUGUUAUACACGACUGCAAUAACUAAUUAUCGAAUUUAUAUGCAAACAAAAUAUUAUUGGAAUUAGAAAUAUAUAAUGUAGAUAAGUCUCAUUAUCCUACUGAUGAAGGAAAUUUUGUUUUGUAUUACUUUAUUUUGUCUGGUAUCUUUACUUAUGUAUUUAUUAGAAACCUAAAAAUACUUUAAGAGAGAUAUAAAAGAAAUGAUGAAAUGGAUUGGCCUUUAUGUCUUCUUGAAAUUUCAGUAGGAAUGUGGGCUUUAGCAAACUUCUUUAACUUUUUGCAUUGGUUAAUGUAUGGCUAUAAUGGUUAUGGAUUCUUUCUUUUUGAUUUACUCUCUUAGAUAUUCAGUAAUCUAACUAGCUUUAUAGUUACAAUAAUGCUUAUUCUAUUGUCUUGGGGUUGGACAAUUAAUACCCUCAGCGAUGAUUUCUAUGAUAUUUUGAUUCCUUUAGCUAUAAUUUUAGGUGUUAUUUAAGCAAUGAUCGUGGGAUUAAGCAAGUUAACUGACGACAGCUUUACGAAAUAUCAUUAAUAUGAUGGAUGGGCUGGAUAUUGUGUUUUAAUUAUCAGGUUAGGACUUUGUGUUUACUUUGCUUUUGGCAUCAAAAAUACUCUGAGGGCAGCAAAAGAAAAAGUAAAAGAAUUUAUCUAGUAACUCGGCUUCUUUGGAAUACUAUAUUUCCUUGCAUUUCCAAUUUUGCUUUUUAUAUCUCUAUUCAUAGCAAAAUAUGUUUAACAUAAAGUAAUUAAAAAUGGAAUUAUAAUAUUAGAGUCUGUAGCUAUACUCUUCUUGAUGUUCAUUUUCACCUCUAAAAAGACCUAGUAUUACAAUAUCUCUAAACAAGGAAAUACUUUAUUACCUAAUUACAAAACUUUUUGAAUCAAAAUUUAAGCAAAAAGUUUUUCUAAAGCAUAAAUAAAGAAAUCUUUAUAAUACCUAAAUGAUAAUAAUUUAUUAAAAAUUUAACAUUUUUUCUAAUCUUUUUAGUAAUAAAUUUCAAAAUAUUUUUAUUAAUUUAUUUAUUGAUGAAGGAAAAUUUAAAAUAAGCAAAAAUUAGA